AUGACAGUCUCGAGGCCUACUAUGAAUUGGCCAGAUAUCGAUUCACCGACAGCGUUGCAACUCAAGUUAUCAAAAGGCACCUGCUUGGUCCGGAUGGUCCACUUGCGUCUUUUUUCUCCUCAGUAUGUAUCAGAGAAAUUAUAUGGAGAACAAAAUGAGGACGCAUCAAGCAGUUUAGUUGGCGAGCAUCCAAAUAAGGCCCAAAAGCGACUCGGCCCCAAUUCUGAGAGGCGUAGUCUCGAAGAAAGCUUGAAGUCUCUUCAUGCUUUCAAAAUGCUUUGA